ACACUCGUAGCCAUGCCCGAUGGAUUAAGGCAACUUAUCUAAGACAGCUUUCAAAAAAUGUCUUUCAGGUGGGAAUUGGAAACGUUCCAGUAAACGCACAUAGGGGCCAAAUAAGGAUCGCCACUCCAAGCUCGCGCGUUCAACCGAAUGUGCGUUUCUCUGUCGGGAUGACGGAGCCGACGAAUGCUGGAGGGAAACAAGAGGCGGAAUCGACGGAUGCUGGAAGGAAACACGAGGAGGAGACUGACGGCUUCAGGGGGUUCCCGGAGGAGUUUUCUGCGCGCUCGCGGAAAAGAAAAGUUACAUCCAACUCUCCUAUUAGGAGAUCGAAAAGAAAAAAGGUCGCUAAGACCGAUCAGAAUUUUGUAUACAGUUAAAAAGCUCAGAAUAAUGUUGUAGAACUAAUGACCAUUGUUACAUCUUUUUAAAACCUUUCUAUAAGAUAUCAAUUAGUUUUGUAUAAAAUUAAACUUUUUAUUAAAAAUUCAGAAUUUAUAACAGAUAAGAUAAUUAAUAUAUUUUGUUAAUUUAUUCCAAUAUGUUGAAACUAAAAGAGGAAGAGCUGUUGUAUACAAGUAUCGAUUUCGAUACUCCAAUUCUAUCUAAUAUUGAAUAGAUACAAAUUAGCGUGCUGAUCGAGAUCGAUCAGCACUGUCAAAGAAAAGAAAUAAUAAAACACGAACUGCGCGAUCGAGCGUCAGUUCUAUUCCACCUAUCAAUCGAGUCGGUCUUGUUCCUGCAAAGUAAAGAAAAAGAAAAUUAUUAAUAGUUGUUACAAAGUGGCAAGUCUAGGCGUUCUUCAAAUACUUGGUCGUUAGGGAUUUCGCUGGAUUAUCCCGUGGAUCUUCCCCUGGUUCCCUUCACAUCCAUGGAGCGGGCGGCUGAAUCAUGAAACGCGGUGUCUCGCCAGCUAUAUCAAAGACGGCAGCCCCGUCGCGAGACUAGGUAUCACGGCCCUAGUAAGGCAGCAUACCGAAUAUUAAAUACUACGAACAAUCCAGAUUUUAAUACGGAACGGAAUAAUCGGCAUGGACCUAGGCGAUCGAAAAAGGACAACGAUUAUUGGAGACUCGAUACUUGGAAUGUAAGGACUCUACUCGAACUGGCACGCGCAAGUAUCCUGGCUGUGGAAGGUGAAUGUGGAGGUUGCAGCUAUCGAAGAGGUGCGGUGGCCGAAAUCGGUAGAACGCGAAUUACGGGUAGUAGAUCCUAUUGCGGACACCUUAUUUAAAUACCACAUCUACUAUAGCGGCGGCGUGAAAGCAGAAAGAGGAGUCGCCGAUCAGUGACCGUAUAUGCGUGUUGAGAAUUAAGGGCAAAGGAGUUCUAUGAGCUCCUGGAAAAGACAUACAAUGAGUGCCCAGGACACGAUAUAAAGAUUGUCAUCGGAGAUGCAAAUGCACAGGUCUGGCAGGAAGACUUCUUCCGCCCCGUAACUGGAAGGGAAAGCUUCCGCUCUACUACGAACGACAAUGGCCUGAGGCUUGUUAAUUUCGCUGCCACUAGGGGGAGGGCUAUCUGUAGCACUUAUUUUGUACGCCGGAACAUACGUAGGCACACCUGGAUGCACCCGAAUGGAGAGCUAUGCUCUUGAAUUGACCACGUUCUGAUUGAUGGACGGCACUUUUCAGACGUUACAGACCUAACGUUGACUCGGAUCACUAUCUCGUAGUAGCCAAAAUCCGCGCCCGGCUGUUCAACGUGUUGAAAUCCAAGGCAACGAGGAGGAUGCAGUUGAACAUCCAGCGGCUAUUAACUGAAGGAGUGGCUGCAGAGUACUCGCAGAAGGUUGAUGAACGGAUUGAGGAAAGAGUUGAUCAGCACUACAGCGCGAAAAGUGUUAGGUACAACUACGGCAGCUGCGUGCAAUGAGUGAUUUGACGCUGAGUGCCAGCGAGUAACGGAGGAGAAGAACCGCGCCGGGGGUCACAUGUUGGCCACGGCUGUGACUCGUCAGAGCGUGGGUAGAUAUCGAGAUAAUAGAGCCGCUGAAAAGAGACUCCAUCGCCGGAAGAAACGACAGCAUUGGGAGCGUAUUCUUGCGGAGGCGGAAGGCUGCUUCUCCAGGUACGAUGCGAGGAGCUUCUACAAGAAGGUCAACGGAAUCAGGAAUCGAAGCGUGUCAGCCCCUGUCAUGUGCAACGAUUGGGAGGGGAACCUGAUAACCGAUAAAACAGAGGUGGCCAGGCGUUGGAAGGAACACUUCAGUGUGCUGUUGAAAGGUGAGGGAAACAGUGGAGUCGAAAGGAGCAGGAUGGCUAUUGAGAACGAUGGUCAAGCUGUGGAUCCACUAUCCAUGGACGAGGUGAAGAAAGCAGUAAAAGAGCUGAGAAACUGCAAGGCAGCCGGGAAGGACGGCAUUCCCGCCGAACUCUUCAAAGUCGGGAGCGAACAGCUAUAUCGUGCCAUCCAUCGGAUCAUGCUGAGAGUGUGGUCUGAUGAAGAAUUGCCCUCGGACUGGUUGGAGGGUCUCAUAUGCCCAAUCUACAAAAAAGGUCAUCGCCUGGACUGUAGCAAUUAUCGGGGCAUAACUGUUCUCAAAACUGUGUACAAAAUUCUCUCCCGCAUCCUGUUCCACAGACUGAGGCCGUUGCAAGAGUCCUUUGUUGGCGAGAACCAAUGCGGUUUUCGAGGGGGACGCUCAACGACGGACCAAAUGUUCUCCUUGCGAAAAAUCCUCGAUAAAUUUCGAGAGUUCGACUUGCAGACGCACCAGGCUAAUCGGCGAGCUCUUGGUGUUAGAAAAUGGUGUUUGGCGCAGACGCAUGAACCAUGAAGUGUACCAGGCAUACAAAUCGGCGGAUAUAGUCAAGCGGAUAAAACACGGCAGGCUUCAGUGGGCUGGGCAUGUAGCGAGAAUGCCGGAUGAGCGUCAAGCGAAGGCUAUAUUUAGCAGAAAUCCCGAUAGAGGCCGUCGACUUCGGGGUAGACCCCGCACUCGUUGGAUGUGUGCUGUCGACGAGGAUGCACACGAAAUAUGUGUUAGGGGCGAUUGGAGUAUAGCAUCCCAAGACCGAGGGACAUGGUGACGUAUUCUGGAUUUGGCACUGGAUCGAUAAUCGGUCUGUCGCCUUAAAAGUAAAGUAAGUAGCUCAUCCUUGUGAUGAACAAGAAAAGAAGUAGCCAAAGUCGAUCAGAUUUCGAUACCCACACGCGCGAGAGCAAUGCAAAUAAAUAUCGCUGAGCUGGGCUUGAUCGGCGGAAUAUUGUAAAAACACUUCGUGAAUUCUUGGUGUUGGUGGUAUUUCGGAUUACGCAAUUAUUAGCGCAUGGUAGUUUAUUGAGAAUGCACAAAUUUUAUUGAGUAAGAUUAGCACAAAACCUUACUGUAGCCUAUAUCAUGUGUCUAUCUUAUAUUCUGAAUAAAUUAUAACUAAACUUUUGACGAUUUACAAAACAGUUUGGAUUAAAUAUAUUAUACUAUUAAUAGUUUUUCCGAUAGUCUCUGGACAGUAAUACCAUUUCCCGAUUCAGAUCUAAGAUUUUUUUUUCGUUACUUUUUGUAUUGGCAUCAGGUAAUGACAUCACUAUUUCCUGUUUCUCGCGCAAGCGACCAAUCUCUGCAGAUUCACCGAUAGCGCCAAAAAUCGUUUAUACAAUCAUUUCUCGUACCAAAAAUCAUUAUUAUUUAAAAUAAAUUCCGUACCUAGGUAGCGCGAAACAACGAUUCCGUGCUCGCUCUUAUAAGUGUAUCGUGAACAAAAUAUCUAAAUGACAUAAUCAAAUAUAUACAAAAUUUAUAAAGAAAACAUGUUUACACUAAUAA